AUGUCUCCAGUUACACUUGACCUGGAAGCCAGCAAGAAAAACCUUUCAACGAGGCUGUAUCUAAAUGCAAGAGGAUUGUGGUGGUUACGGGUGCAGGAAUAUCCUGUUCGUCGGGGAUUCCUGUUUUACACUCAGGAUUUUCGCUCUUCUGACGGACUCUACAACCUUGUAAAAGCUCGAUUCCCUGACGUGGUUCUCAAGGGACGAGAUCUUUUCGACGCAUCUCUAUUCCGCGACCCCGACUCUACUGCGGCGUUCUUUUGGUUCAUAUCCCAACUCAAGCAAAAGAUCGACCAAGCCGAGCCCACACCAACUCAUGAUUUUCUCAAGAUUCUAGAAAGCAAAGGGAAAUUGCUCCGGUCCUAUACACAAAAUAUCGACGGU